AAUAAUGAUAUGGAUUUAGAUGAAGUUCUAUCGUCAGUUACAUCAUUUGAAACAAAUACAUUAGCAGAAAAUUCAUCUUGUGCAAGUUUUAGUCAACAUGCACAAUUAAGAGAGGCAGCAAAUAGACAUAUUACUCAAAAUCGUCAAAUUAUUUACAAUCUUAUGAAAAAAAAAUAUAAAGCUAAAAAACGUUCAUUAAAUUUUAAACCAGGAGAUCUUAUAAAGAUCUGA